CGUUCUUUCAGUUUGUCGAGAACGUUUGAACGCAUCGGGACUUUGGAAAUCGUGCGUGCAGGAAAAGCUAAGCAAAGAAACAAGAGAAAAAAUAUUAUUCCAAAUUGCAAGCAAACGCUGAAAAAGAAAUGUGCAAAAUAUAGUGUAAAAAUAAAAGCCAGAAGCGUUAGGCAAAAAUGUGCGGGCAGCGUGAAAAAAGCUAAAACGAGAGCAAGUGUAAAAAUGUAAACUACACACGCACAACGCUUACACAUAAAAUACAUGAAUGUAAGUUGCAGCGCAUAGAAACAUAAAAUUUUCCAUAUCCCGGCGUGAACAAUAAAGCGAAAAUGACAGCAAUACGUUUAAGCAAUAAAGAAAUGCGUGGCAAGCAGCUGCAAAUGGCAACAAGACAACAAUAAUAAAGCAACAUGUAAAGCAUAUACAAGAAAACUAAAAGAAAACCAAAAACGCAAUACAAAAUAAAUAAGCCUAACAGGAAGCAAGCUGCCGUUAAGCGUGAAAGCUUUAACUAGAACUAAGUCCACGUGAGCCAAAUUAAAAAUAUAGCUAGAUAACGCUUCGCUAGUGUGCAGCGAGAGAGAGAGAGUGGGAGAGAGAGAAGCCUCAAUUGACCGCCGAAUACCUCGAAAUCGCCCCCGUCCCACCCCGGUACCGUCUUGGGACACUGAAACAUUCCACCACACAGUAUGGCCUCGGUCGCCGCUUGGCUGCCCUUUGCACGGGCGGCGGCCAUCGGUUGGGUGCCGAUAGCUACGCAUCCAUUGCCACCGCCUCCGAUGCCGAAAGAUCGUCGCAAAACGGACGAUGAGAAGCUACUGAUAAAUGUGUCCGGCAGACGGUUCGAGACCUGGCGCAAUACGCUUGAGAAAUAUCCGGACACGCUGCUGGGCUCAAAUGAGCGUGAGUUUUUCUACGAUGAAGAUUGCAAAGAGUAUUUCUUUGAUCGGGAUCCGGACAUAUUUCGACACAUACUCAACUAUUAUCGCACCGGGAAAUUGCAUUAUCCGAAACACGAAUGCCUCACCAGCUACGACGAGGAGUUGGCCUUCUUUGGCAUCCUGCCGGAUGUCAUUGGUGACUGCUGCUAUGAGGAUUAUCGCGAUCGCAAGCGCGAGAACGCCGAACGCCUCAUGGACGACAAGCUGUCGGAGAAUGGCGAUCAGAAUCUGCAGCAGCUAACCAAUAUACGCCAGAAGAUGUGGCGUGCCUUUGAGAAUCCGCACACAUCGACCAGUGCGCUGGUCUUUUACUAUGUGACCGGCUUCUUCAUAGCCGUCUCCGUGAUGGCCAACGUGGUGGAGACGGUGCCCUGCGGCCAUCGGCCCGGACGUGCCGGCACCCUGCCCUGCGGCGAACGCUACAAAAUUGUGUUCUUCUGCCUGGACACCGCCUGUGUGAUGAUCUUCACCGCCGAGUAUCUGCUGCGUCUGUUUGCGGCGCCCGAUCGCUGCAAGUUUGUGCGCAGCGUCAUGAGCAUCAUCGAUGUGGUCGCCAUUAUGCCCUACUACAUUGGCCUGGGCAUCACGGACAACGAUGAUGUUAGCGGCGCCUUCGUUACGUUGCGUGUGUUCCGCGUCUUUCGCAUCUUCAAAUUCUCCCGCCACUCGCAGGGUCUGCGCAUCCUCGGCUAUACGCUCAAGUCGUGCGCCAGUGAGCUGGGCUUCCUGGUCUUUUCGCUGGCCAUGGCCAUCAUCAUAUUUGCCACGGUCAUGUUCUAUGCCGAGAAAAAUGUAAAUGGCACCAAUUUCACAUCGAUACCGGCGGCCUUCUGGUACACAAUUGUCACAAUGACGACGUUGGGCUAUGGUGACAUGGUGCCGGAGACAAUAGCUGGCAAAAUAGUCGGCGGGGUUUGUUCGCUCAGCGGAGUGCUGGUCAUCGCCUUACCUGUACCUGUUAUUGUAUCGAACUUUAGUAGAAUUUAUCACCAGAACCAGCGUGCGGACAAGCGUAAAGCGCAGCGGAAAGCUCGGCUGGCGCGCAUACGCAUUGCGAAGGCUUCAUCGGGAGCGGCAUUCGUUAAUAAGAAGAAGGCGGCGGAGGCGCGCUGGGCAGCGCAGGAGUCGGGCAUUGAGCUGGAUGAUAAUUACAGGGAUGAGGAUAUCUUUGAGCUGCAGCAUCAUCAUCUGUUGCGGUGUCUCGAAAAGACAACGGAUCGUGAAUUUGUCGAGUUAGAAAUACCAUUUAACGGCCAGCCAAAGCGACCGGGCUCGCCCUCGCCGAUGGCUAGUCCCGCCCACUCGACAAACAGCGCUGCAGGUCUGUUGCAAUCCUGUUGCGGACGCUGUUGUUCCCAGCGUUAUCAGGCCUGCGGCAAGUAUAUGCCAGCCGCCAGCAAUGCUCAAAAUAGCCAAAACAAUCAGCCAAUGGAGGGCACCUACCUGGUGGAGGCAUCCUUCUGAGCCAGCCGUGGAGUAUGGUUAAUGCUAAUGAAGCUGAAGCUAAUUUACGUUUACGUUUAGUCUAACUUGAAAAGUUUUUAAAAAUGAAAUUGUAUUUGUUGUAGACAAGGAAAUACCAAAGAAAGAAAACAAAAAUGUAAUCUACUAUAAAAAAAAAGAAAUCUCUAAAAUUUGAUUUUCGAGUUAAAUGCAAAAUAAUUUCAUUAAAUUUUGCAAAAAACACCAAACACACAAAACAUCUGAAUGUGUAAAAUGUAAUAAUAUACUACACAAACACAAUACAUAAGCUGCACACGAGAAUGGGUAAAAAAACAUAUACAUAGAGCAUAUAUAGGAAUGAUAGAAAAAACUACAGAAUACAAACAGACUACACUUAAUUGCGAAGCGGCAAAGUCGGAUUUGAUUAGCGAGGCCCUGUUAAUAAAUAUUUAAAAUAAUAAAUGCAACACUAUUUACUUUAUAUAGGUGACAAGACGACAACAAAACCAAAAUAACAACAACAACCGAAACAGACGCAUUUUAGAGGAAUUUACUGUGUAUGUUUUUAAGCGGGCAAUAAAUACAAAAUAAUAGCAUUGCAAAUAGAUUGAUAAACAAUUAAUAAAUUAAAGUAACAAAUGUUAGGUACUCACUCAAGCAAGUUGCAUUGGGUCCAAAAAACAAAAAAAAAAAACAAAGAAAGAAAAGUAAUAAUAAAAAAAUAAGAUAAUAAAACAAACAAUUAAAAACUAGCAAAAACAACCACAACAAAUAUCGUGAGCAUACGAUUUGUGUAAUAGCAAAACCAAAAGAACUAUUUAAUUAUUAAAAAAGAAAUUCAAAACAAAAAGGAGAAAUACAAACAAAAUUUUACGUAUUUUUUAAAAAGUCCGUAGUUUAGUGUGUAUAAUAUUCAACUAUCUUGUAUUUUUUCUUCCAAGUCCCUCGGGACUAGCUGUUCAUAAUUUACUUACAUGGGCCAGGCCAAGGGGAAAACUUUGUCCCGGCUCAUUUUAUGAGGACUAGUAGAAUAAUUAAUUUCUUAGCCCAUUGGAGUUUCGUGUAUUGUAUAUUUUUGAUAUAGUCCAGAGGUUUCAGUUGUCAUCCUUUUAAACACUCUAAUGAACAAAUCAAAAUAUUUCGAGAAAAAAAAUUGAACAUUUAAAGAAAACUUUCUUCCAAGAACUAAGUUAGCAACUAUUUAACUGUGUAUGUAUGUGUGUUUAGGCGAGGCUUUAAAUUGAAGCAUUAAAACCAAAAAAACUCUUAGCAAAUUCUAACAAACUCAAAGUAAUAUAAUUAAUUAUAAAUUAAACCAAAUCAAACAUUUAAAAUUAGUUCAAUAUACUUAAAAAAAAAAAAGGAAAACAACACAUUAUUGAGCUUGUAUGUAUGUAUAAUAAAUUUAUUAUGAUUAUUAUUAUUAUUAUUAUUAUUAUAAUUAUGGUGUUGACUAUUUAAAUUGUAUUUUUAGCAUUUAUUUCUAAUACUUUAAGUUCUAAUUUAAUUUAGUACUGUUAAAAGCAACAAAUUCAGCCUAUCUAAAAUCAACUUCAAAUGAAUUCAAUGCAAAAUAUUUAAUAUGAAUGAUUUUAGUCAACAAAACUUAAUAUUAAUAAACAACAAGUUUUGGCCACUAGAGCCAACUCCUGUAGCGAUAUUCUAAAAGAACAACAAACAAACCAAAAAAACUAAAAAAAAAAACUAAUCUAAAGAAUUUCCGUUUUGAUUUUUAGUGAUAUUUAAUUCGAA